UACUAGAAUCUAAUUUCCAAACCAACUCUGACUCUGUCAGACAGAACGUGAAGGUUCUUCUAACAUUUAAAGAUAAAAGGCUGUCCAUAGGGCGAUUAAUCUAUUUUCAAGAUGGUUUACCUCCAUUUUCCGAGUAAUCUGACGGAAGAGGAGCAGAUGCUUCAAGCCAAGUAUCAGAAACUGAGGAGAAAGAAAAAGGCACUACAAGCAUUAAAGGCCCCUAAACAAGAACCAGAGCCUAUGGUUCCUCUGAAGCGGCCAAUGGAAGCCAAAGAUGCCAAAGAAAUGGCCAAAAAGUUGAUCAAGUCAGGAGCGAUUAAGGUACCCGAACGACCUCAAGCAGCUACUGAAAAGACAACCUUUAAGAGAUCAAUGGGUCUUGAACGCAAAUUGUCAGCUGCAGAUAAGGCACCAUCUGGAUAUCAGCCAUUUUCUACAACACAUCCAGAAGAAGAGAUUCAUGAAUCCAGGGUUAAAGUUAAACCAAACCUGUAUGAUAGUUUUGUCUCAGCAAGAGAUAGAGAAGAGAGAGGCGAAUUUACAAGAGAUGGUAGAGGCUCCGAUGGCAAACCACGUCAUGGCCACACAAUUUAUGUCUUUGGGUUUAACAUAUCUGAGGAUGUCUUGAAGAAAGCGUUUUCUACUUUUGGAAACAUAGUCAACGUAAACAUGGAAAUUGACAAAAACUGUGGCUUUGUAACAUUUGAUAAGGUGGAGUCUGCAGAGAAGGCAAUUGCGGAUAUGAAUGGUAGUAUGGUUUCUGGUAUUCAGCUUAAAGUGUCACUUGCUCGCCGUCAGCCAGUAAUUGAUCCAAUAAAUGAUGCUUCUUCGUCUGCAACAUGGUCUACUAUAGCUGCCAGUCAUUCACAGAAAGGCUCCCAUAAAGACAAAAGAGAUCUGGUUGCAUAUGAUGAUGACUUCUUUGGCUAAAGAUGCGGUGGUAUCUAGUCUAGAAGAAUUAAGAUGCCAGCACAUUCAAUUCUGAGUUAAGAAGUCUUGAGGAGAGAUACAGCUACAUAUCCUUAUAUGUCACCCAAAGGAUAGAAGAUAGACUGAAACCUCAUAGAUUAAGACAUCUAAUGAAAUUGAUGAGGAGCAGGUGAUCAGAAAUGUAAUAGAUGUCGAAGGCUUAGACCAGCCAGGCAUUCAGGCAAAUAAGAGACAGGACAAAGAACGCAUUCUACUUCCAAGUACAUAAAAGGAAAAAUAUGAUGAAAAACAAUGACAAUGAUGGAGUUGGUGAUUUUUACUCAGUUUUUGGUAACACUUCAGGUAUUUGUUUUUUUGCUUGGUUUCAUAACAUUUCUAGGUCAAGUCUGACAGGUGAAUUGCAUUCUGUGUAAUUUUUUUUCUUUUUUAAUGAAUGUUCAUUUUCUUUUGUCGUGGAAUGUAAUGUAAUACCAAUCUCUGCAUAAAUGGGUUAAUAGUGCGUGAAUAAAUUUUGGAUUAUUUGACUGUUUAUACUAUUUCAAUAUCAGAUGCUGAACAUUGCCAUUUUAUUUUCAGUUUGCUCCCAUGGGAGUAUAAUGUUCCCAUGGCAGUAUAAACCCAUUGCCUUUUAUUGUAGGAGAAAACUUCAUUGUAUGUUAGGAUGGUCACUGAUCUAGGAAACAAGGUGUUAGUUAACUAGGUAAUUGGGAUGAGUGUUUGAAUACCCUUUACUGACCUAUUUACUCUAGCAAUUUUUCUUAAUUGCUCAGCAUGGUCUGGCUUCCACGUCUCUCCAUGUGCUCACUGGACUUGACGAGAAGCUAACUACCCUUGUUCUUUUAAAUUUGCACAGGACUCUUUGUACUUUACUUUUGAGGAUCUGUUACCUUAUCUUAUUUUUCAUUAUGGAGAAAGAACAUGACCCAUGAUAGUGUGGGGGAAUGAGGUGACCCUGUGGAAGCUAAAAGUUUCCCUUAAUAAACAGACAUAAGCAUUGCUCAUUUUAUAGGGAUAAAGACUGUGAUCUUUCUCGUCUUGUUGUGCUAUGGUCCUAUCUCUCUCCCUUUCCGUCUCAAGUGUGGAGCAGUGUCUUAGGACUAGAUAGUUUCUGAUGGGGGAUUCAAGAGUUUUUCUCCAACCCCAUCCCACUGAGACUGAUUAUUGGUCCCAGAUGUGAUGCUUCCACUUAUUGAAGCAUCCAGGAACAUUCUUCAUUUUCUGGUUUUGUGUGAUACCCAACAAGUUUUUUUUACUCCUCUGAGGAGGAUAUCGCCCUGUCCUUAUUAGAGGAUACACUUGUAAGGACUAAUUUGAGCCUUUACAGAUGAUCCUUGUGGUGCUUCAGGGUAAUUAGGCUUCCCUUUCCUUAUUCCACCAGAGGGAUGUUGCCUAAUGCCUCCCGUUUUUUUGGGGGAGGAGGGCCUAUAGUGGUUGUAGCUUUACAGGUGGUGUAGGCACCCAGCUGCACCUGGACAGACUAGUAUCUCAUCUGAUUACUUAAGCUUAGUGUCAGCCACACUCGCUCUCUCUUCUCACUCCUGUUUUCCAUUCUUGAUUAGCCUCAAGGCUUAAAGUAUGAGCUGGUUGGGCUAGUUACAAGUGUCUGUACUUUGAGCAUCCAGUCUUAGCAUAGUGUUCAGGAUGGAUGUUGUUUUGUUUGUAUGGUGUUUUUACGUUGCAUGGAACCAGUGGUUAUUCAGCAACGGGACCAACGGCUUUACAUGACUUCCGAACACGUCGAGAUUGAACUACAAUCACCAGAAAUACACAUCUCUCACUCCUCAAUGGAAUGGCCAGGAAUCGAACCCGCGACCAUCGAGGUGAGAAGCAAACACCAAACCAACCACGCCACUGAGGCGCUGUUCAGGAGUUCAGGAUGGAUGCGUUACCCUUUUAAAAAGUGGGGGAAGCAUUAAGUCAAGCCACUUGCUGGACCAGUUAUGGAUUUGGAUCUGAGUAAUUGUCUUGUGCCUUGAAUUAUGUCAGGGGGAUUUCAUGGUUCUCCAGUGUUUCUUCAUUAAAUAACAAUCCCACUGUCCAGGGUACGUUGGGUCCAAGGACCCUACUGGUCUGGUCAACCUUUUCAUCAGAAAUGUAGGGGAUUAAAAGAGUCAACUUCCCCUAACCAUACACAACCAGGAGCUUGACUUUUCCCAGGUGACAUUCAACUCAAGUCAGUUGAGAGGGAGUACCUGCAACCUCAGGGGUAAGCCUCUUAUUAUAAAAGGCAAUGGUUUGUAUUCCCAUAGGAACAAGUAACAUUUUCCACACUUCACCCACCCAGCACUAUCCCCCUGUGGCUAAAGGUAAAGUUCCUAGUGUCCAUAGGUGAUGAGGGUUAUCCCGCUCGCCCACCUUUACCACCAGUGAACUACCUUUUUUCCAAGUUCAUUGACCAUGACAGCUCAUGCUGAAGGAUACUGUACUCCUAUUUUCCAAGGCUCUGGUUUGUAUACUUAAAAUUAUUUUAAACCUUUUGACUUCUGUAUGUAGAAGAUUUUGCCAAGUAGUCAUUUUAGUUGUUUUUCUCAUGCUGAUCUGCCAUUUCCACUUUAUUAGUACUACUGUAAUUUUGGUAUGGAAUCUUAUUUUGAAAUGUCCUGAUUUUAUAGUUAUUAAAAAAAUAACUCUGACAA